CCGUAUAUAAGGGACCUAUAUUUACCCUUCCAGAGUCAUCAUUGUAUUCUGUUUGUGCUGAGUCAAAGCGUUGGCACAGGGAAAGUUCAGAGCACAGUUACCUAGGUACCUGGUAGGGUAACAUACUACCUACCCUGUGCGCUUUCCUUCCUUACCUCCUUCCAGUUUCCCUUUCUUCCGUGCCCAUCAACCUCAGUUGGCAACCAUUCUCAACCUUCAACGAUUCUUACACAUACGUCAGACACCGUUCACUUACCAAGAAGACAACAUGGCCGAAUCACGACCUCCAAACCCGAAUCAACUCGCAACCUCUCUCCCUGGCCUGACCACUCAUCUGACGGGCCACGACACUGCUACCGGCAAAGCAGUCGUUCAAGAAUCACGACCGGGCAAAUGGAGCACCUAUGAUGAUAAGCUCAUGGCCUUCAAUGUUGUCUACAGCACUUCGAAGUUCCCCGCGAACUUGAACAACGACCAGGACAUCAAGUCUCACGACCAAGUCACAUCGAGCGGCAAUCUAGGUUUGGUCAACCCCAACGGCACGGUGUGUCGGGUGGUCGACUUCGCGCCAGGCUUCGAAUGCAUGAUGCACCGCACACAGAGUCUCGAUUACGGCAUUGUGCUUGAAGGACAGAUCGAGCUGGUGUUGGACAGUGGUGAGCGGAAGCUCAUGCAACGAGGAGACGUUGCAGUUCAGAGAGCGACGAUGCACGCAUGGAAGAACGUCAGUGAGACAGAGUGGGCGAGGAUGAUAUUCGUGCUGCAGGAUUGCGAGAAGCUGGAGAUCGCAGGGCAGGUGCUGAAGGAGGAUUUGGGCAGAGGUGUUGAUGGACUGCCACCCAGUGGAAACGAUGCUUAGAGAAAGGCGGUCUACCACCGAGAAGAAUCGACAGAUAUGAGUCUUUGGUGGCGGCUGGACGUAGUCUACUCAUUGAUAGAGAUGUGUGACCGUCAGUACAGCAAGCUCAUGCUCAUGCUCAUGCCACAUGAAAACCUCCUCAUUUCGUAUUAUCCAGAUGUCAAGCAAAGAAAUGCCCAGGGAGGAUUUGGAGGCUAAGAUCGCCAGUGACAUGGCCUAUUUGCCGCCAAGGUUGUACGCGUCAACAUGAUUGGUGUUGGCGUUGACCGGCGU